AGUAACAUGCUGCUUCGGCACAACUACAUCUCUAAGCAGUGAGAAGAGACUGCUGCCAGCUCCCCAUCAGACUGACCAGACACAAAGAGCAAAGCCCGGAGGAGAGGCAAGAGGUGAGAACCUACCUCCCCUCGAGUCUUCCCUCUCCGGAGCCUCUGACGGGAGGAGGAGGGAUAGAGGAGAGCGCUCGGUUUCUCACUGUCCUGACUCAGUUUGGCACCUCGGGGCUGAAGGAGCGGCAGAGGAUGCAGAGGAAGCUGCAGGAGCUGGAAAGUUGGCUCUGCUUCACUCGGCAGUCGAUCUGUCACUCUGCAGCUUAGCAAACUUUAAAAUAAAUAAAUAAAUAAAGCAGAAGAGGAGGCGGUGGACGCUGGAGAGUGAGGAGGAGGAGGGAGAGAGAAAGAGAGGAAGAGAAGAAUAAAGCACCCUUUUCCUUGCGCACGUGUUUUUUGGCAACGAGGAGGCAUCACUAUCCAUCCAGAGGAGGCUACCCAUGUGGCAGGACGCUCUGUGGACCCGCGGACGCUACCUGCUGGAGAAGAGCGAUGGAGGCGAGGGGCCUGAGGGGCCCGAGAGCCUGGGGGACGGGUGCCCGGGGUUCCAGGGUGACGUGUGCGCGGAGGGCGAGAAGCCCCAGGACUGGCUGUACGAGUCGUACUACCGAAUGAGCCAGCAGCACCCGCUGAUCGUGUUCCUGCUGCUGAUCGUCAUGGGAACCUGCCUCGCACUGCUGGCGGUGUUCUUUGCUUCGGGACUGAAUACAGAAGACCACUUGACGUUCUUGAUCACAGUGCCCACUGCGCUCUUCCUCUUCCUGUCCAUCUUCAUCCUCGUCUGCAUCGAAUCUGUCUUCAAGCGGAUGCUUCGCCUGUUCUCACUGCUAAUAUGGGCCUGUCUGGUCACCAUGGGUUACCUCUUCAUGUUCUCUGGAGGGAGACUCAGCCCCUGGGACCAGGUCUCCUUCUUCCUCUUUAUCGUGUUUGUUGUCUACACCAUGCUUCCCUUCUCCAUGAGAGGGGCCAUUAUCGCCAGUGGAAUCACCUGCUUCUCACACACUAUCACUCUCAGUGUCUGUCUGACCACCCGCGACACAGACCUGGAGGAUCCUUUAGUCUGGCAGAUCUUAGCCAAUGUGAUAAUCUUCACCUGUGGAAACUUGGCUGGGGCAUAUCACAAGCAUCUGAUGGACCUGGCACUCAAACAGACCUAUCAGGACACCUGCAACUGCAUCAAGUCUCCCAUCAAGCUGGAGUUUGAAAAGCACCAACAGGAGCGCUUGCUGUUAUCCCUACUGCCUGCUCACAUAGCCAGAGUGAUGAAAGCUGAGAUCAUCCAGAGGCUUCAGGGACCGAAUUUCGGUCGAACUGAGAGCACCAACAACUUCCACAACCUCUACGUGCAGCGGCACACCAAUGUCAGCAUUCUCUACGCAGACAUCGUGGGCUUCACCAGGCUGGCCAGUGACUGCUCCCCAGGCGAGCUCGUGCACAUGCUGAACGAACUCUUCGGCAAGUUUGACCAGAUCGCGAAGGAAAAUGAGUGCAUGCGAAUCAAGAUCCUGGGAGACUGUUACUACUGUGUGUCUGGCCUGCCCGAAUCGCUGCCUGACCACGCCAGGAACUGCGUGAAGAUGGGCCUGGAUAUGUGUGAGGCCAUCAAGAAGGUCAGAGACGCCACUGGAGUCGACAUCAACAUGCGUGUUGGCGUUCAUUCUGGAAAUGUCCUCUGUGGCGUGAUUGGCCUCCGGAAGUGGCAAUAUGAUGUGUGGUCACAUGAUGUAACGCUAGCAAAUCACAUGGAGGCUGGAGGUGUGCCUGGGAGGGUCCAUAUCUCUUCAGUAACACUGGAGCAUUUGAAAGGCUCAUACAAGGUAGAGCCUGGAGAUGGACAGACCAGAGAUUCCUACCUAAAAGAACAUAACGUGGUCACCUACCUGGUCAUCAACCCCAAGACCGACAGGCACAGCCCGCUGCUAGGCGUACGCUCUCGUCCCUCUCUGGACAGCGGGAAGAUGAGAGCAUCAGUCAGGAUGACCCGAUACCUGGAGUCCUGGGGAGCUGCCAAACCUUUCGCCAAUCUCCACCAUCGAGACAGCAUGACCACAGACAACGGCAAAAUCAACACCAGAGACGUUCCGAUGGGCCAGUACCACUUCCAGAUGAGACGAGAAAGGUCCAAAUCCCAGAGGAGGAGGUUUGAAGAAGAACUCAAUGAACGGAUGAUUCGCACCAUUGACGGCAUUAACUCACAAAAACAGUGGCUGAAGUCUGAAGACAUCCAGAGGAUCUCAUUGUUCUUUCACAACAAAGCCCUGGAGAAAGAGUACAGAUCCACCACAUUACCUGCCUUCAAGUACUACGUCACCUGCGCCUGCCUCAUAUUCUCCUGUAUAUUCAUAGUGCAGGUCCUCGUCUUGCCCAAAACUGCUGUGCUCGGGAUCUCCUUUGGGAUGGCAUUCCUGUUAUUGGCUUUGAUCCUGCUCCUUUGCUUCGCUGGUCACAUUCUGCAGGGAAGGAAGGGGUCCUUCUGCUCUCUUACAUGGUUUCCGACUUCUUCUCGCAUCAUCGUCACCAAUAACCCCUGGCUGCGAUUGGUCCUCACCAUGACGACCACUGCUCUCGUGCUGGUCAUGGCUGUCUUUAACAUGUUUUUUGUGGAGGAUCCUGGAGGACCUGUGGAUGACAUCCUGCCAACUGUGAAUCUAACCAAUAACAGCCAGCUGGACUACAUGGUGGACAACACAGGCAAAAACAAGUUUUACCUGCCAUACUUUAUCUACUGCUGUAUACUGGGCUUGGUGUCAUGCUCCGUGUUCUUGAGGAUCAACUACGAGCUGAAGAUGGUGGUGAUGCUGGUCGCCGUGGUAAUCUACAACAUCAUCAUCCUGCAGACACAUGCAACUCUACUGGAUGGAUUUAACAAAGCCUUAUACCGCACAGAUAAACCAGACAGACCGGGAGUCCUGAAGGAUCUAAAGACCAUGGGUUCUGUAUCUCUGUUCAUCUUCUUCAUUACGCUACUGGUCUUAGCCAGGCAGAAUGAAUAUUACUGUAGGUUAGACUUCCUGUGGAGGGAUAAGUUCAAGAGGGAGUGUGAGGAGAUCGAAACCAUGGAGAACCUCAACCGGGUUCUGCUGGAGAACGUCCUACCAGCUCACGUGGCUGAACACUUCCUGGGGAGAAACUGGAAAAAUGAGGACCUUUAUCAUCAGUCGUACGAGUCGGUGUGUGUGAUGUUCGCCUCCAUCCCAGACUUCAAAGAGUUUUAUACUGAGUCUGAUGUCAAUAAGGAGGGACUGGAGUGUCUCCGUCUUCUCAACGAGAUCAUAGCAGACUUUGAUGAGCUGCUGUCCAAGCCAAAAUUCAGCGGAGUGGAGAAGAUUAAGACCAUCGGUUCUACCUACAUGGCUGCGACUGGACUCAACGUGACGCCAGGACCAGAUUGUGCACAGGAACACGACAGACAGUACAUGCACAUUGGCACAAUGGUGGAGUUUGCAUUUGCUCUCGUUGGGAAGCUGGAUGUCAUCAACAAGCACUCUUUUAAUGACUUCAGACUGCGGAUCGGCAUAAACCAUGGGCCAGUGAUUGCAGGAGUAAUUGGGGCCCAGAAGCCUCAGUAUGACAUCUGGGGAAACAGUGUGAAUGUGGCCAGUAGGAUGGAAACCACUGGGUUACUGGGAAAAAUACAGGUAACAGAGGAGACACGUGAAAUCUUAACAAAAUUAGGGUACAUGUGUUCAUGUCGCGGCAUCAUCAAUGUGAAGGGUAAAGGAGAGCUGAAGACCUACUUUGUUCACACAGAGAUGACCAGAUCUCUGUCACAAGGGACCGUGAUGCCUUGAGCACGCCACGCUAACCGAACAAAUAGACUUGACGACACAAUUGCGCACACAAAGUGGCCGUAGAAGUGAUUUGUCAUUCUCUGUUAAGUAAAACCCAUUACCAGAAGCCAGCAGCACGACGGAUAGAUGAUUGUAAAGAACCACUUUUGUCCUUAGCAGCACAGUGUAAGCUGGAGCCAAGGUGCACCGCCGCAGUCCUUCAAGGCUGCACUUAAGAUGGUUUUCACAUCUCAAGUGUAACAAGGACUUCACUCUGAGGGGUCACUUGACUGUCUAAAGGAGUGCCUGACUCAAAGGGAGGUUUGCUAAAUUAGUGCAGCUCUCAAGGACCGCAGUCACCCGUCUGUACAAUAGUAGCGGUGUGGAGCUAAUUACCCAUGCCAGUGUUGCUGUGCUUCAGAGCCUUACACUCGAGCAAACUGAGCCGCCUGCCGAGCUGUGGUUUUUUGUUUUUUGUUUUUUCCCUAUCUACGCUUGGUUGGCAAUGUGAGCCGGUUUGUUACAUUUUAUUGCAAAUGGAUGUUACAAUAGUUUAUUGUCAUUUAGAGCUAUUGUUGCCAACAAAAUGCCAGCGUGAUGGUUAGUUUGCCAGAACCUGUGAUUUGUAUUUAUAACUACAGAGCCGCGUUUGUGUCCCACUCGAGCAGGUGGACUCAGGCGCGGGCUCAAAAGUAGAGGUUUCUUUUUUAUAAUCCAUCUGGAACCAAACCAACCGCAUGUGUGUAAAUGUCCACUGCCAUUCUUUUGUUAUUCAUUAAACAUUUGUAUAUAAACUGA